AAAAUAAAACCGAUUCGCCAAGGUCAAGGCAGACAUAUUCGGAAGGUAGUGAUUACGACUUCACAGCAAACAUCUAAACUAUUUGCGCUAGCAUCGGGAAGGGUCGUACUCGUAUUGCCUGAUGUAGCCUAAUAGGGCUCAUUCGCGAACGGACUCACUCGAAUCAAUGUGUUUCAGGAGUCGGAUAAAGAAUAAAUACUUAAGAAGAUUCAUUUCUAACUUCUAUCUUCUCUCUCCCCUUUAAUCAUUGUGAGCAGAUAUUGGACGCAAGAGUCAUGUACCCAAACGUCAUUAAUUUCUUGGCAUAGAAGAGGCGAAAAACAGAAAGGAUCGGCGGGGCGGAUCGUCCGGAAAACCAAGCCCCUGGUGUGACAAUACUGGGCAUCGUGACCCCCAAGCGCCGCUGACUUCCAGCCUUCUCCCUUUCUUCUCUUCUGCACAUAUUGGCUUCCAUUCCUUUUCCCUUUUCUGCUGUCCCCUUCCAUCGCUCGUGCCAUUUCCACAGAAUCCCAUCGGCGAUAUCAAGGAUGGGGUUUUCAACCCGUUUCCUCCGCAUCCCGCGGCCAGAGACAUUCCUCUAUGUCAUGAGCCUGCGAACGGGCGCUUCUUUAAUCACGCUAUCUUUGCUGCUAAACAAAAUUAGCGGCCUUUAUGGCUUGCUCGCCCUCCUGACCGGCUACCACCUUUCGCCUGUCCAACUGUCCAUGUACCUUUAUUCACUGCUCGCUCUCGGCCUCACUGCCCUGCUCUUCCCACAUAUCCGGAAACAGUCCCCGCUACAAUGCCUUGCUCUGGCUUGGCUGUACCUUCUCGAUAGCGUCAUCAACGCCGCUUAUACCGCUGCUUUUGGUGUAACAUGGUUCCUUGUCGUCUCCCAACACUAUGAGAGUGGAAAUCCCUCUGGACCCGGAAGUGAGACGAUCGCUCAGACCGCGGGUUUCACCAGUCCCAAGUACGAUUCUUCGUCUGAAAAUUAUGCCAGAAGGUCUGAAGCUUUGGGCAACGCGGUCACCCAACCGGAGAGCUUCCAGAGCAUUGCCUUCAUUUGCUCGCUAUGGAUUAUCCGCGCAUACUUUGUCUUCGUCAUGCUAGCCUUUGCUCGCCAGUCUCUGCGUCUUUACAUCGCUGUACCUCGUCACACUCAGCUCCCGACUCACAGCCGCAACACUUCCAUUGCCAGUGUGGCCAGUGUCGCUGAUAUCGAUAAGGAGCCAUUUUCGCCGUUCACUCCCGAUGGUCAGGGCUGGCAAGGAAAGAUUGGUCGCGCUAUGAUUAGCGUCGGUCGCAAUUAUUGGUUGGGCGAAGAUGAAGAUGGUAACUGGAUGGACACCAUCGGGCGUCGGUUCCGUACCCGUGGCGAGAACACCGAGCUUCCCGGCCCUCUUGAACGAGAAAGAAGACGCCGAUCUGGAACGGGCCCUCCACAGCCUUCUCAGUCGGCUGUCCAGGCGGCUGCCUUGCAACAACCAAUCUAUGAGGUUCCCGGUAUGAACGUCAAGAUGCAGGACUGGAGCGAAAGCCGGUAAAUAGGAGCAAUUUGAAGUCAUCGACCCGCUACGUGUCAUCAGUCCAAGCCUUGGUAUGCAAUACCAGUGAAGGGAAUUCCGCGUCGGAUUCCAUACUCAAAAUCGUGGGUGCUCUUAGCAAAAAAGGACGAACGCCCAUGCCCUUCUGCGCUCUGCGGGCGCCUAAUUCGUAAGCGACAAGGCUUUAACGUCCACAGCCUCGUCGCUUGCCUGAUUCAUACGUGGUUUUCGUUAUUCU